UUAUCUUCAUCCACACAGCUUCCGGGUUAUAACACAGCGUAUUAGCCACUUACAUUUUCUUUUGAGCGAAGUCCUCGGCCAAGUUUAUCUUGGAAAAUGUCCCGAGGAUCAAGUGCAGGAUUUGAUCGUCACAUUACCAUCUUCUCUCCUGAAGGAAGACUUUAUCAAGUUGAAUAUGCUUUCAAGGCUAUCAAUCAAGGGGGACUCACAUCAGUCGCAGUUCGUGGGAAGGACUGUGCAGUUGUUGUCACACAGAAAAAAGUACCGGACAAACUCCUUGAUUCCGCCACAGUGACUCACCUCUUCAGGAUAACAAAUAACAUUGGAUGUGUAAUGUCAGGAAUGACAGCUGACAGUCGAUCCCAAGUUCAGCGCGCUCGCUAUGAAGCAGCUAACUGGCAAUACAAAUACGGCUAUGAGAUCCCUGUGGACAUGCUGUGUAAGAGAAUUGCAGACAUCUCCCAAGUCUACACGCAGAACGCUGAGAUGCGACCACUGGGCUGUUGUAUGAUUGUGAUCGGCAUAGACGAGGAAUGUGGGCCCCAGGUCUACAAAUGUGACCCAGCAGGCUACUACUGCGGCUUCAAAGCCACUGCUGCUGGGGUGAAGCAGACAGAAGCCACUAGCUUCCUGGAGAAGAAGGUGAAAAAGAAAUUGGACUGGACCUUCGAACAAACUAUUGAGACGGCUAUCUCUUGUCUUUCAACUGUCCUAUCCAUUGACUUCAAGCCCUCAGAGCUUGAGGUGGGUGUGGUCACAACGCAAGACCAUAAAUUCAGGAUUCUCACUGAAGCUGAAGUGGAUACUCACUUGAUGUCUUUGGCAGAGCGGGACUGAGCAACAAGAGAAUGUUGUCUUCUGUUUGAAUUUAAUUAGAGCAUGAUGCGAUAUGCCGUUUUCACAUGAACCCUUGAUUUCUCAUUUCUCCCACUGAAACAUUCAACAAUAAAAAAAGGUUUUGGAGUAAAAAUAAGUGUAUUUUUAUCCU